UGACUGCCUCUUUCACUGACUGCCUCUCUCACACACUGACUGCCUCUCUCAUUCACUGACUGCCUCUCACACUCAGUAGCUGUUGUCUCUUUCUCUCUUCCUCAUACACACACUGUCUCUCCCACUCUACCUUCCCCUCACUCUCUCUCUCUCUCACUCUACCUUCCCCUCACUCUGCCUCUCUCACUCACAUAUACACAGACAUACACACACACACACACUCUCUCCCUCUGUCUCCCUCUCUGUUUCUCUCUCUCUCUCUCCUCUCUCUCUACACACACACACAUUCUUUCUGUGACUCGCUCUCCCUAUUGCACUUUUACACACACUUACACACAGUCACUCACUCUCCCUCACUCAAGUCAUUCUCAGCCAGACAAGCACUGUAUUCCAGUCCAGCUGGAGAGAGGAGCAUCGCAAGGUGCACACAUCGCAGGACAGGACACUGAUUGACUCUGCAGCUGGAAAGAAGGACACAAGCCAAAAGGAACAGAACAAGGAAAACAACAGAAAAUAACAGAUUACUUUUGGCAAUGGAAUUACAAAAUAAAUAAUUUUAAGGGACAGAGUGAGUAAAUAGAGGCUGAGAGAGAAAUAGGAGUUUAUCAUCAGACAGACAAGUAAAGAGACAAAGUUAUCUGUGACAGAGGGCUGGUUAGAAGCCCAGGUUCCUCUUUGCUCUGCUGACUGGUCCUCAGUGACAGGGUCUGCUGCCUGCUUGAUCACCACCCCUUUCCACCUUCAGAGAGAGAGAGAGACCACUCGACUGGACCACACAGCCUGGGUCUCCAGCCAGCCAGCAUGCCUACUGCCUGUGCAAGGUGCACCUUGGGAGUCUGAUCCACCAUGUGCAGAUGGAUGCCACCCGUCGCCGGACUCGGUCCUGACCUCGCUGCCAUUGGCACUGCCCACGCCGGGCUUCCGCCCCUGCCCAGCGCUGCCUCCCUCAGCCUGCUGUGCCUCACCCUGCUCCUGGUGGCUGGCACGGCUCUGGGGGGCUGCCCACCUGGGGUAGGGCAUGAGCCCCUCCAAGUACUGGCGAGGGGCAUUAACUGCUCAUGGACACUGGAGCGGCACACACGCAGUUACAAUCACCUAGAGGGCGACGUCCGACUACGGCGGCUCUACUCCGCCAACAAGUUCUUUCUCUGUAUCGACAAAACGGGCAAGGUGGACGGCACCAGACGGAAAAACUACGCUGAAAGUCUAAUGGAAAUCCGAUCUGUCAGUGUGGGAGUCGUCGCCAUCAAAUCGGUCAGCACCGGGCUGUACUUAGCAAUGUCCAAAAAAGGCACACUGUUUGGAUCGGUGAAGUACAACCCUAACUGUAAGUUCAAGGAGCGCAUCGAGGAGAACGGCUACAACACGUAUGCCUCCCUGCGCUGGAAACACGGCGGCAGGCAGAUGUUCGUAUCUCUGAACGGCAGGGGGAAGCCCCGGCGAGGUCACAAAGCCCGGAGGAGACACCCCUCCACCCACUUCCUCCCCAUGCUGCCCUCAUAGAGGAACAACUGGACUCAUGUUCUGCUCUGCAGCCAGUCCCUCCUACUAGUGUUGUGGUUACCAAGAUAAUUAGGAAUAAUAUGAUUAUUUGAUUAUCAUUAUUAUAUCCAUCCCUUCUCCCAUAUAUGUACAUUUGUUGGGGUCUUAUAAACUAUUUUGUUGUGGAGAUCGAAGUGGGGGGCAUAAUACAGUAUGUUUAAAUUAUUCAUCACUCU